UCCUUAUCUCGACUUAUCAGUCUGCAGCCAUUGUCUCCACUCUUUUGGUCGUCGCGAAUCCAGCCUGAAGUUUUCGAGGUGACACCAGCAGCUCAUCGCGUAUCCACGUCCAAUACCUCUCCAAGCCAUCGCAUCUCGACAAGCUCAGUCACGCUCUGCUCUCAAGCCCGCCUCAAAACAUACAAAACAUAUACUCCGCCAGGAAAACGCUAGAACGCCGCCAUAAUGUUCGGAGGAUGUACGUCAUGUCGAAACCGAACGAAGAGAGGAAGGAUAUCAAUACUGACCAUACAUCAGUCGCACCACCCCAGCAGUCUCGCGAGGAGAUCCAGGCCAUGGAGGCCGAGGCUGUCUUCACCGUCCAGCAAGUCGCUGCCACUGCUUUCCUCCUGUACAUGUCCCCUUUUGCCAUCGAUAUGGUCAGCAAGAUCUUCUAAAUGCAGCCGCCUGCACGCGUAUCACGAUGUAAUAAUGUAUACUAUGUCAACAACAAAAACGGAGCAAGCAUAGCAUGCGGGUGUACGAUAGACCACUAGGAAUUGGGCGGGGACAAUAUCAAGCCGUUUGUUUGUUUGUUGCAUGCA